UCUGAUGAGCCAGUGGUCGAUGCACUACGGAAUCUUGAAGUCAACUUUUUCAACAUUGUGGUCGACACUGCAAUAGCAUCCGUUGAUGAGAGAUUUGAAACCCUGAACAAGGUGAAAAAGCAAUACGGAGUGGUGUUGAACUUCAGCUCUGCAUGUCAGAUGUCAGAUGACCCCUUAAUGGCUGAAUGUAUGGAGAUGGAAAAAGCCCUUACCUUCAAUGAAGAGUCUGACAUCAGUGGUGUGGACCUGGCAGAGGAAAUAAAAAAUCUACCUCCCCUGCCAUCGAGCAACAUGACUGCCUUUGAGCUGCUGUCCUUUCUUUGUGAGAAGAAUCUGGAGGAGCUCUAUCCCAAUCUUUGGAUCGCUCUAAGAAUUGGUGUCACUCUGCCUGUGACAGUAGCCUCAGCAGAGAGGAGCUUCAGUAAGCUCAAAAUCAUAAAAAGCUACUUAAGAUCGACCAUGUCACAGGAGCACCUGAGUGGACUGGCCAUUAUGAGCAUCAACCAUGACAUGGGGAAGAAAAUCUGCUAUGAUGAUAUCAUUGAUGAUUUUGCUUCGAGGAAAUGCAGAAAGGGAAACUUUUGAUGGUGAGAUAUUACAAACU